AUGUCUCCUCCCGGAAAUCAACACCAACACCCCCCUGAGAACACUGACACCAUCAACACCAUGUCUCCCCCCGGAAAUCAACACCAACACCCCCCUGAGAACACUGACACCAUCAACACCAUGUCUCCCCCAGAAACCAACACCCCCCCCUCCCCUGAGACCAUCAGCACCACUUCCCCCUCGGCAAUCAACACCAAUAUCCCCCCUGAGCCCAUUUACACUGCAACCCACCCUGAAAUUAUUGACACCCCUGCAAUCGAGACCAACACAAUUCCACCUAUGUUGCCAAUUAACGUUUCCCCCCUUAAUUACUCCAGUCCCUUUGGCACCCAAGUUACCACCAACAUUACAGAGGCCAACACCCCCCUACCAACCUUACCUGGGACCAGUACGGGUUUUUGCUUGAAUACAUCAGCUCAAACCUUCAUUCCCUCUACCACCUUUCAUUCGGAAAGCAGUUCCACAUCGGGACAAACGCAUUUGUCUCAGCAAUGUCAGAAUCCUACAAAUUUAUCAACAGGUUUCCCUGCAUUUGCAAUGCCAAUGGGAUCAAAUCUGCCAAGAGUGGCAUCCAGCUAUUAUAGCAACCACAAUCAGACCAGGAGCAAUUUGUCAACCAGUCCUAUGUAUACAACCCCAUCUGGACAUCAACCCACAGUCCCGUUGAUUAAUACAAGACCUUCCCACCAAGAUUCCUCCAUUCGGCUAAAAAGGAUGGCCCUACCCACAUUCUCCGGACUUAGGAAAGACUGGCCAUAG